CAUUUCCACCCAAAAAAACACACACAUACACACCAACUAAAAUGGCUUCUUCUAGUCUUUUGCUCUCAAUCCUUGUACUAAUUUCAUGCUUAAUGAUAAAAAAUGUGUUUAGCAAUGACAUUAAUGAUAAUGUCAGCUGGACACAAUCCCCUCACCACGCGCCGUCGUACCAGCCGGUAGCAGCUCCGGCACCACACCACCACCAUCACCACCACAGCAAGGUGGCCUCACCACCUAUGGCUCAUGCACCAGCUAAAGCUCCGGUUCAUGCACCGGUUCACUCACCAACUAAAGCACCGGUUCAUCCUCCUAGUAGCUUGCCGGCGCCGGUGGCUUCUCCGAUUCCGGCGAGGAAGCUUGUGGCUGUUCAGGGUGUUGUUUAUUGUAAGGCUUGCAAGUAUAAGGGAGUUGAUACACUCUUGGGUGCCACUCCUCUUCAAGGAGCUGAGGUGAUGCUAACAUGCAACAAUACAAAGUACCCACUGAGGGUAAAAGGUACAACUGACAAAAAUGGGUACUUCUUCAUCAAGCCAGUCAAGACUUUGACCACAUAUGGGUCCCAUACAUGCAGGGUUAGCCUGUUAACCUCACCCAUGGCUACAUGCAAUGCACCAACUAAUCUUCAUGCUGGAGUCAAGGGUUCAUUGUUGGUCCCUGGAAAGAACCCACCAUUGUCUACCCCUGAUGCUAAACCACUUCCUUAUGAGGUCUUCAAUGUGGGUCCGUUUGCAUUUGAACCUUCUUCCAAAACCCCAUGUGCCCAUUAAAUAAAAGUAUGGGGGUGUGAUUUGAAUAUUGGGGGUUAGUUGAGGGGUUGUGUUUGGACUUUUAUGAUUUUUAGUUUAUAAAAUUUAUAUUCCUAGCUAUUUGGUUUUAUGGACCAAUUGUAAUGAAGUGUGUCCUUUGGAUUCUGUUUUUAGAACUUAAGAAUGAAGAUGGUCAUGUUAUUGUUACGAGGGAUGGUAUUGUAGUUUGUAUUAGUCAAAUUUGCUGAAAUUUAAGAUAAAUAUUUCGAAAUA